GGGAGGUGGGGGCAGCCAGCCCGGGAGGCGCUCAGCGCCCGCUCGCCAUGCAGAGACCCAGCGGCCAAGGGGCCGCCUUCUCUAUUGACUCGCUGAUCGGGACCCCGCCGCCGCGCUCCGGCCACCUGCUCUACACCGGUUACCCCAUGUUCAUGCCCUACCGGCCGCUGGUGCUGCCCCAGGCGCUGUCCCACGCUCCCCUGCAGUCCGGCCUCCCCCCGCUCGCCCCGCUGGCCUCCUUCGCCGGCCGCCUCACCAACACUUUCUGCGCCAGCCUGGGGCAGGGGGUGCCCUCAAUGGUGGCGCUCACUACGGCGCUGCCCAACUUCAGCGAGCCCCCCGACGGCUUCUACCCGACGCAGGAGCUGCCGGGUGCGCGCACCAACCCGGAGCCGGGCUGCAGGCGGAGCGCAGAAAGCUUGGAGGCGGAGGAGCUGCCCCCGGCCCGGGACAAGGGGCCCCCUGAGCCGCCGCUACACUUCCCGGAUCCUUUUCCCAGCCUGGCAGAUGGCAAGGCGUACAGCUCCGAUGAAGAGAAGCUGGAGGUGAAAUCGGCGGAGACCCCGUGCAGUGAGAGGGAAGAGGAGAGCUCGGUGCCUGACAGCGAGGAUGAGAGCUUCCUGGAUGGGAGCAGUGCCAGCUGCCUGGGGCCCGGGCCCAAGCCCAAGCCCAAGAGCAGCUCCAGUGGGGAGCAGGCGCCCCCCGGCUCCAACCCAGGGAAGAGCCGCCGGAGACGCACGGCCUUCACCAGCGAGCAGCUGCUGGAGCUGGAGAAGGAAUUCCACUGCAAGAAAUAUCUGAGCUUGACGGAGCGUUCGCAGAUUGCCCAUGCCCUCAAGCUCAGCGAGGUGCAGGUCAAGAUCUGGUUCCAGAACCGCCGCGCCAAGUGGAAACGCAUCAAAGCCGGCAACGUCAACAACCGCUCUGGUGAGCCCGUCCGCAACCCCAAGAUUGUGGUGCCCAUCCCCGUGCACGUCAACCGGUUCGCCGUGCGCAGCCAGCACCAGCAGAUAGAGCAGGGCAGCCGGCCCUGAGCCCUGCCACACGCUCCGGGCUCCGGCCCUGA